AUGUUGGAUCAAAGACCUUCUAGCAGAAGUCGAGAAUUCACUUCCUCGUCAUCUUCCAUAUUUUCGAACCUAUCACUGGCAAAUGUCAUGGGUGCGAAAAAUGUUGAGCAAGGUUCGGAUUCCACUCCUUCACUUCCUUCUAGUGUUGGCACAAACAAGAUUUGUCGUGGAAUUUGUCCUAACGGAGAUCUGGAGGGUAGCACCAUUGAUCUCGAGUGCAAUUUCCACAACUGA